GCUUCAAAUGUCAAACCGCACAGUCGGUAAGAAUGUCUCGUCGAGGCAACGUAUUCUAAAUUCAAAUUUUAGGUUUAUUUUUUUUUUCGUAGUGUAGUGUGUAUUUCGUGUUUGGAAUCUUGGAGUCUUCCUAUUUAUAAGUUAACAAUGGAGGGGAAGUGUUUGUUUUUUUUAAUUUUCGCCAUAAUGGCAGCGGUUAUGGAUGGCCAGACCUUGGGAGGGCCCAUGCAUGGCAAGGUGGUGGUCUGUUAUGUGGCCACAUGGGCGGCAUACCGGCCGGGCGCAGGCAAGUUCGAGCUGGCAGACAUCGAGCCAUCACUCUGCACACACCUCGUCUACUCCUUCGCCGGGUUAGAUGAGACAACGCUCAGCAUUAAGAGUCUUGAUGCCUGGCAAGAUUUAGAGAAGGAUUACGGUAAGGGUGGCUACAAGCGUAUGGUGGCGCUGAAGGCUCGAUACCCUCAUCUCAAGGUGACUGUAGCUAUCGGCGGCUGGAACGAGGGCUCGGAGAAAUACUCCAAGAUGGCGGCCAAGCCUGAGACUAGGGCGAAGUUCGUACAGAGUGUAGUGCACUUUUUGGGAACAUACAAAUUCGACGGUCUCGACUUGGACUGGGAGUACCCAACGAAGCGAGGAGGUAGUCCUGAAGAUAGGAACAACUAUGUUGCGAUGGUCAAGGAACUAAAAGAGGCAUUCGAACCCCACGGCUACAUCCUCACCGCAGCGCUCGGGGCUGGCAAGGAGACCAUGGACACGGCGUACGAUCUGGCGCGCCUCAGCCGAUACCUGGACUUCCUGCACAUGAUGUGCUACGACUACCACGGCACUUGGGACAACCUGGUCGGAGCCAACGCCCCUUUGAGAGGAACUACUGAAGCUGAUUUCUUGAGUGUGGAAUACACAAUAAAAUACUUACUGUCCCACGGGGUCAGUCCUUACAAAAUGGUGCUGGGGUUGCCGAUGUACGGGCGAGACUUCAUCCUGAGCGACCCCUCGGUCAGCAGCAUAGUUUUCGGUCAGACGCCUGCCAAGAACAUCGGCUUCGCUGGACCCUAUACUAGAGAAGCUGGAUUCCUUGGAUAUAAUGAGAUUUGCGAAGAGAUGACAAACAAAUCUUCAAAAUGGACGCAUCACUGGGACGAUCGAGCGGCGACCCCGUAUCUAAGAGAUGGUGAAAGGGUUAUUGUUUACGACAACCCUAGAUCCAUUGCUAUUAAAGUCAAAAUGGCCACAGACUACGGCCUCGGAGGACUCAUGGUGUGGAGUAUAGACACGGACGAUUUCAGAGGCUUAUGUGACUCUGAACCGGAAACUUACAUAGACUUCGUAGAGCGGUAUAACAAGAUGGUUGACGAUCCUGUGCUCCAAGAGGCUUUGAAGAACCUUAAAUUGCCCGAUGCCAAUCGUAUUGAAAAUCUAAGCAGAAGAACCGCCUACGCGGUAGCCAAUAACAAACUCCAUCUGCGUUUAGCGGAAUCGGAAUUUUCGAACUACCCUCUUAUGAGAACGAUCAACGAAGCGACAACACUAGCGUUAGAAGAGAAGAGAAUACUCGACGAGAUGGCCGCUGUACUGAAACAGAACGAGAUAGAAGUUAAACCAAAAGGCAAAGACGACAAAGGUUCCGCACAUGCUGGAUGUGGAAGUCUUUUGCUUGUUUUGUGUGGAGUAUUUAGUUACGUUUUAUUUAGUUAGUAUUAUUUAUUAAUGCAAUUGAGUAACUGCCAAAUUUUGUAGCAAUAUAACAAACACAAUUAUCACAGUCCGACAAAUUAAUGUUGCUGGGUUAAUAAUUCUGGCAACAAGAACUGUUGGCUUAGAUAUUAACAGUCGCCGGCAUACUCCUACGAGUAUAUACCGACUUUUUUCGUUUAAAAUGUUGAGGAGUAGCAUACCAUGACAAUUUUUUAUUGCCAAGAUUAUUGCAGCUCUGUAGCCAAGUGGCUCGUCGACAAUUUUUAAUGCUGGAAAUAUUUCAUGGAAUAAGUUAGCUGUAGUUAUAUUUAGGAAGAAAUAUAGCUUUAUUUCUUAGUAAUCAAUUCGACAAAAUUGAAUUUUUAGAUAGGUAUUUCUUAAUAGACGUAGGCAAGUAUAUAUUAAAAGUUAGUGUAUGCUUGUCUAAUUACUGUCUGAUGAUGACAAUCAACUAACUACACUGCCAUUAGAGUCGAGGGGAAUAAGUACGAGAAAGCCGAUAAAAUUCCGCAUUUGAUGGUUAUGCACUUUUGCUUGUUUUGUAAACGUUUUAAAUUAGUAAGCAACAUCUAGGUUUUGUAAAUGCCAAAUUUUCAAAACUGACUAUUGCGGGGUAUUAAAAUCUUGACAACUUUUAUAUUAUAGCCCGACUAUUUUUUAUUGUUGGGCCAUUAUAACCGACAACUUUAAUCGCAAAUAACGUCUUAAAAAUGUGUAACCAUUAUUUUCGUAGAAGGCUGUAUGUAAACAUAACCAUUGGGCUAUUGAAAUUAGUCAGCAAGACGCAGUUAACCGUACUACAAUAAUUAUUUUUUUUCAUUUUUUAAACAGUUCCAUGUCAUUGGCUACAAAAAUUCAGCCCAAUGUCAAUUAUAUAUUAUUUACCAUGAGUUUUGUUAAUAGUUUUAUUUAUUUUAUCUUGGUCAUGGAAAAAUAAUUGUAUGCCACUGCACGUAAUUAGCCAUUGUAGCACUCGUGCUACAAUGACAUUGGCAUAAAUAACUACUGAUUAUACUUGGACUAUCAUCUUGUCAUUACAUCCAGCAUUACAUUACAACAACGAACUUAAUACCAUAGAUAUAAGAGGUAACUAGAUUUAUAAAGUGUCAAUUCUUUGUAUUGAAAUCAGCGUACCCAGGGGCGUGGCCUAAAUGGCUGUUUAAUAUUUAGUGAAAAAUUUUAAAGUUGAAUAUUAUUUAUUCCAUUUGUCACAGAACAAAACAAGACUGCUAGUACAUGCGCGGACACGCUUGCGAUGUUCCGCACACCCGGGUGUACGCGGGCCACGCCGCCUUGCUAUUUCUAUUGCUAAAAGCGUUAGCUUUUAGCGUUGUCUGUACUGUGGUUAAUACCCUGCAAUUGCUAAAACUUAUGUAAGUCUUAAUGAUGAAACCAACUUUUAAUGUACCUACGAGAUGAAACCAAAUGGGAAUAUUUGUAGAAUGUGUAUAGAAAGUGUUGUACAUACAUAAUAUUGUGAAUACUCUUUUAUUGUGAUAAUAUUGAUUAUAAUAUUUUUUUAUGAUUAAACUUUUUUAUUUCUA